AUGACAAGCCGAGGGAGAGGGAGAAGCGGCGUCGUUGACUUCAGGAGAGGAAGGUCGUCGCCCGGGGUCAACGGAGGCGUCGUCCCUCCGAUCGCUGAGGCUUGGCUGCAAUGCCAAUGGCAAGUAAACAACGAUAGCUCGCAAUUUGGCGCAGACCGUAAAAGCGUGAUACCGCAUUCGGGCGAGGUAGAGUGGAUCGCGUACGAUUGGGGAAUGGACUACAAUGAUUGA